GGGGCGGGGCUGGGGUCCUGGCUUCCCUGCCCGGGGGCCGUGGCCGGGAACGGCGGCCCCCGAGAGGCCGGCGGAAGCUGGACGAGAGAAGAGAGAGCGCCGGAGCCUGGGGGUUCUGGAUGCGGUCGCAGCGUGGGGCCGCGCGUCUGGGCGCUGCGGUGCGGGCAGGCCAUGUCCCAGGACUCCCUGUCGCUGUGGCAGCUAGUGGAGGAGCAUGUUCCGCUCCCGGAGCGGUCCGAAGUGAAGAGGAUCCUAGGGGAAGCAGUGGUGGACCUCAGCCUGGAGCUGCGGGCGGAGGUGGCCAUGUUGUGGGAACUGCUCCAAGAGGCUCGGUCCCCCCAAACCUCUGGUUCCUGUACCACCUCUGACCUCUGCUCCCUUCUGGCACCACCACCCCUUCUAAGGGACCUCGUGCGUCAGGAACUCCGGCAGCUGCUCCACAGCCUCCGCCACAAGGCCAUCUGUGAGGGCAGGGACCAGAACCAGGCUUGGGCUCAGUAUAGCCCCAGGGUCGUGCGCUUUGCCUUGGAGGAGCCCAGAUGUGAUUCUCCAGAGCAGGAGAUACUUGGAAUGAGAGUUGGUGAAUCCAGCAGCAGCCACAGAGACCUCAGCAUCAUCAGGGACCAACUGAACGUGUCUGACAUCGACCAGGUUGCCAGGCACCUGCGGGGCCUCCUGGAGGAUGAGUGUCGCACCUUGGAGAGGGAGAUCUCCAUCCUUCAGGAUGGGGCACUGACCCUGCUCUGCCUGCAGGGCUGCCUGGAAGAGGAGUACACACAGGCUUCCCAGCCCCCCAAGGCAGCCCUAGAGCCCACCCUGGCAGAUGUGCCUCUUCCGCCAGAACUACAGGAACAGAAAAAGGUCAUGGAACGGGACCUGAAGGCCCCCCUGGGGUCCUCCUCCGUCUCCCCCAGCCACAGGCAGCGGCUGUUGGACCGGCCCCUCCCCCUGGGCACACAGGCAAUGAAGCCCUCCAUUCAAGGCCCCAGACCCUUUCCUUCCCUCUGUGGGGCUGCUGGAGUUUUGGCUGGGCCUCUCCAGUGCCGCCUGCCUACACCUCCUUCAGAGUGCCGCCCCCGACCUAGAGGCCUGGCUGCCACCUGCCGCUGGGGACGGCAGCUCCGAUGUAGCACCAGGGAAGGGCCAGCUCCCACUGUAGUGUCCAGUGUGGCACCCCAGGCCCCCACCUGAAGGGCUGGUCACAAAGUAGGCUUCUGCUAGAACUCGCGUCAUCUGCUUCUGCUGCCUCUCAGCCUCCAGCUUCAGAUCUAGUCUUGGAUGGGCCCUGGCCAUGACCUCUUGGCUGGCUGGCUAGCCCUUCCCCGCCCCCUCACCAGGGCCCUUGCAUCUGGGGCUGAGGAGCAAGGAGUCUGUCCCAGCCAUCAGAGCUUUUGGCUUUUUUCCCCGCAGCAUCCCACAAGGCCCUGGCAGGCAGAGGUCCCAUCCCAGCCCUGACUUUUGUCCCCCUGGGAGGCCCAGACAAAGCACAGCGGCAGCUCAGAGACAGGAAUAAAAAUUUCAUUAAAAUC